CCCGUUUCAAUCCUCGCGGGCUGCUUGAAUGCGAGAAAAGCAAGCACAAAUUCAAGAGAACUGAGUGUGGAAACAGAAAGCGGCACCGGGCGGCGAGUCACCUGGCAGGUUGGUGGACUCCGAAAUUAUGGCACCUUAAAAAGUUUUGGGACUGGUCAAAAAUUUUGCUCGUUUUACCGCUUUCUUGCCCCCGCGUAUAGUAGCUCUUUCAAGUAAUAAUAGGCUCUUCGGGUGAAGCCGCGCUUUUAUCUCCCACAAGGUCGCAGCAAACUUUCGCCUCCGUAUUGUCUUUGAUAUCGUUGCCACCCCAAGGCGGCUACUGUACUUCACUGGUAGUUUGAGAGGUAGAAUUUUUAGAGGCAAAGCCAAAGCAUGUCUGGCGCAAACCGUAGCCAAACCAGCGACCUCCACAACCAAGAAAACAUGCUGGCAAGACUGCGAUGUUCGCUGAAGCCCCGGGCAGCUGACUUGGAGAACCAGGAGAACGUUCCGCCCAAACCGGCGACCACCAGGACCGUGUUGGGGGCUCUGCAGAACAACCAGAGGAGCAAAGCCCAGAACCAGCGCGCCCCGAAGGAAUCGUCACAGCAGCCAUUGUGUAAAAAUGAAGAAAUCGGCAAAGUCGCCAAGCCGCCUCCCUUCCAAAUCCAUGUGGACCAUCCCUCUGACGCCUGUGUCAAGAAGCCAUGCGAUGAAAUGACCAACAAGGUUGAGGAACUCGCUGAGGACUCUCCACUGAAAAUAGACCAUGCUGUCGCUCGUCUGCGCCAGCCUCUGGCUACCCUCGACAUCCCAACACCGGCCAUGGACGUCAGCUUUGAAUCUCCCAUGGACAUGUCUGUGGUUGAGGGCGAAGAGAAGAGUGUCCAUGUCAAGGAGGUGCCAGAAUAUGCUGCAGAGAUUCACACGUAUUUGAGGGAGAUGGAGGUGAAGUGCCGGCCGAGGUCGGGCUACAUGAAGAAGCAGCCCGAUAUCACAAACGGCAUGCGUGCCAUCCUGGUGGAUUGGCUGGUCGAGGUGGGUGAGGAGUACAAGCUCCAGAGUGAGACGCUCUACCUGGCCGUCAAUUACAUCGACCGCUUCCUGUCGUCCAUGUCGGUGCUGCGCGGCAAGUUGCAGCUGGUGGGCACUGCCGCCAUGCUGCUGGCAUCCAAAUUCGAGGAAAUCUACCCCCCGGAGGUGUCAGAGUUUGUCUACAUCACUGAUGACACCUACACUAAGAAGCAGGUGUUGAGGAUGGAGCAGCUGGUUCUCAAAGUACUCUCCUUCGAUCUGGCAGCACCCACCAUCAACCAGUUCCUCACGCAGUACUUGCUGCACCAACCUGCCAGCAAGCAGGUGGAGAGCCUCGCCAUGUAUCUUGGUGAGCUCAGCCUGGUAGAUUCUGACCCCUUCCUGAAGUACCUUCCUUCGCAGACUGCUGCGUCUGCCUACAUCCUGGCCAACAGCACAAUCACUGGUGCAUCAUGGCCCAAGUCCCUGGUGGAGAAGACGGGCUACACUCUGGAGGACCUGAGGCCAUGCGUGGAUGAUCUUCACCAGAUGUACCUGAAUGCACCGCAGCAUGCGCAGCAGUCUGUUAGGGAGAAGUACAAGACUUCCAAGCAUCAUGAAGUUUCCACCAUUGAACCCCCAACUACUCUACAAUUUGACUGAACCCCCCCCACACCCCUUUUGAGAUUUGUACUUUAUGCCGCUCGUUUUUCCCCUGUGGCAUAAUGUUGAAGGACUGUUUUUGUACAAAUUCCCGAUGUCCAUAGUGUUUUUUUUAUCUGAUUUUAAUAAUCAGACAAUGUGUAAAUACAAGCUGGUUUUAGGCCAAAGCAGUUGUAAUUGCUGGGGUUUUUUCUAAGUCAAUCUAGUUGUGUUCAAGCAGGUGAAUUUUACACAUUAAACAUGUUUGUCAUUCA